AGAUAAGUGGAAGUUGCUGCGUCACAGCCAGCAUCAUGUGCUAUUUUGUCUCCACAGUUGUAGCCCUGCAGUGGUAAUGGGAGCUGCGAUACUUUCUCACAGCCUGUUACAUUAUUCACUUUGCUCACUCUGGCAUCACUCAAAAUGCUACAGUAUUUAUCUUAUGUCACUGAGAAAUUGUUAGGACUUGAGGAUUGAGAUCUAAGGAUGUGACAAAGAGUUUUUACAGUUGCAGUCUAGCUAAUACAUGGGUUGACAUAUCCAUAUACCUUUGGGCACUGUAACAAAGAGUUUUAAAAAACUGUGAGAAUAUUUUAUCUUGUAAAAACCAACAAAUGAAAGUCUGAAGGAUGCCACCAACAUGCUGUGGCCUGUAUGGGAGGAGACAGUAUUGAGUCAUAGGCCUCUAACAGAAAAGGCCAAGACUUCCAUUUGUGCAAGAUUUUAAUGUGGGAACAGGGGCAGCUAAUAAACUGUCUUCUUUUUCUGCAGAAAGAAACAGAAUGGUGUACAAGGGAGGAAGCUAGAGGAAGGAGAGAAGAAAAAGGACCAAGUAGCCACUGUGCCAACUGGAGAGUACUACAAUGGGCAGCAGCAGGAGGGGCAGAACCAAGCGAGUGAUGCUUCAUGGUCUAUGGCCUUCAAGGAGAGUCAGCAACAAGAGUCUCAGGACCACUCAGCCUUUUUUCUCCCUAAGGACAGCCACCAACACAGUGUAUCUCAGGCUGUGCCCAAAGAGGAGUGGGGGGGGGGGGGGAGAGAAAAGAAAGAAAGAGUACCAGGCUUGUACUGUGUCUUCACAGGAAGAAGAGGACCUUAAGCAGUGGCAGGCAACUCCAGCUACCAUCACACCCUACAGGAGUGAGGUAACAGAUCCUCAAACAUUUUUGCUGCUGUACUCUAUCGGGAGCACUGCUGAGCAGUUGGAGGAUGAAGUCUAUCAGAGGUGGAGAGGCACAAACCAGGAAGAAGAUAGGAAUAAAGAACUUGACCAAGAAAGCUUUCCAAGAAUGGAUGACAUCAGCUCUUUGGAUGAAGAACUGAGACACGGAAUACUCAAGGAAAUGCGGGGGAUCAAAUCAUUCAAGUUGAGAGGUUCCAAAGCAUGUGCUAUAACUCCCAACAUGAGCAAUACCAAGAAGAGGUCAGUUCGAGCCACACAGGAACAUCCCCAUCACCCUUCAAGGAAGGAUGCUCUGAGGAUAUAAAUGAGGGGUACAUCCCUCCUAAGGAACAGGAAAAUUACCCAUGCUCUCCAACAUCAGUUUAAUUGAUUCAAGGGAGGAAGCUUGCUGCACUUUCCUGCCAUCUAACUUCCUUUCUGGUCUGUCAGAGCAACCCAAACAGUAGACUGCAACAAACAAGCAAAACAAAUACCGUAUCAUCAGAGCCAUUUCUGGAUACAGUGACAGAAGCAAAAGCAGAAACACUGAGGAGAGAGCAUAUGGUGAACUCCCAAAUCCAGUCCUCACACAAGAUGAUUCAGAUUUGGCCUUUAUCUGAACAAGUUCAAAUAAACAUGCACUAGGGCCUGCUUCUGAAGACCAUAUGCUCAGUGUUUUGUAUAUGCAUGCUUUUUGUAUUUGCCAUAUUUUGUUUAUUGUAAUGAAUGGCUGUCUCGCCACAUGGUCUAUGAAGCAGCAAGUACGCCUACCAGCAAGGACACAGCACCGCAAAACCAUUCACUAGGGUCCCAAAUCAGCAAAACUUAAGCACAUGGGUAACUCUACACACAAAUAAUCCCAUUGACUUCAGUGGGACUACUCAUGGGUUAAAGUUAAUCGCUUGUUUAACUAGGACCUAGAGCAACAAUCAUCUCGGUGGUGGAAAACUGUGAUAAGCGAGGCUUGCUAUGCACAUCUCUUCAAAUGCCACCACAGGAAUGGGUUUGUAUUGGCAGAUAUCACUUAGUGUUAUGUAUAUCCCUUCACCACCCAUAAUGACUUAGACUUGUCAUCCAUGAGGCUGUCACAGCAUUAGGCACACCAAGUGCAUUUGGUGGAUGAGGGUAAAUAUCACUUUAUGAUAGAAAUAAUUUAUAACAUCACAGUAGUGUUAUGAAAUUGGCUUUUCCAACACACACAGAUGUCCUUUGUGAUUCAGGAUGCAUCUGCAAAUGCACCUUUUUACAUUUUGACAGUAUAUGAGAAACAGAGAGAAAUCAUUGAGUGCUAUUACACCUUGUGCACGUUUUCUUUAGAUUGCUACCACUUCUGCAAAUGCAUCCUGCAUCACAAAGUGCAUUUAUGUGACUUGUGUUAUUCCUUAUGAGAUUACAAAUCCCACAUAAUGUAAUUCACUAUUAUUCAGCAAACACAGUGUAUGUGUGUACAUGUUGCUGCUGCAGGCAUCAGAGAUAUGCACCCUGUGAUCAGGUGAAAAGAGAGUGCUCAUUUUCUGUUGCCAGUAUAUUUCACUGCAGCACCCAGGCCAUUCCACAUAGUUUAAGAGGCUCUGUCGGGACUGUGCAGUUAUCACACAAUAUAUCAUUCAGCAAACAUGUCAUUACUUAUGUGGGCAUUGCUAUUGCUUCCUGCAGCAGUGUGCCAUCUUGUAUAAGUGAUUCAGACUUGCACAAUAAAAAUUUUGGCUUUUUCAGAAUAGGAAAAAAGGUAUGUCAGAAAAUUGUUCAUCAUUUCAUCAUCCUCCUCUACAAAUGAAGUGUGUAUCACUGUGAAUGAAUGUUUAAGACUAUACACACCAUAUGAACCCUGUAAACAACAAAUGCAUGUAUUUCUGGAUGUACGUUCAUGAAAAUAAAUUGACUAUUACCUUCUAUUCAGAUGAUAGUCAUAGGCAUGUAUUGCAUAAAAAUGAAUAAAAAUGUAUUCUGGGUGUGCUGCAGUCUUUCCCCUACCAAAAGCUUUACCCUUUCUAAACAUUUAAUUUCAUAACACACUGUACUAAGAAGAAGAUAUUGCAUAACUGUGGCCAAUUUAACUGGCACUUUGUCUUUAUGUACUCUGCACAGAGUACCUUUCCUCAGCGGCACUUAUAAAACACAUGAAAAAGCAGACUGAUCAAGCCAUCAGUAGUAUGAGAUGAGGAAUACCCCAUCACAAGGAAGAUCCUUGCCAGAAUCGGCAGCAGCCUCAGCCAACUCCAUCUCAGUGGGAGCAGGUGCAUCCAUGGCGUGGUCUUCCUCUCCAGCCAUAUCAUGAACAGGAGAUUCUCACCCAAAAUCAGAAGCAACCUAUUCUUCCGAAAACCCAACAGAAGAAGGAAAUUUGUCAGCACAGUCUCAAGGAACAAUGGCUGACCGUUACAGAAACAUUCAAAUAAUCCAGAAAUGCCUCUGACUGGUCCUCUCUGUCUACACUUGCCCACUGCAUGGUAUCUUCAGCCAGCAAUUUCUGUUUCCUCUCUAUUUGCCACCUGAAAUUGGAAGCCACCUGAAGUCUGCACUUCAAGCUGUGCUGUGACCUUGCAAAAUAGCUAUUCAGAGAUAUGCUGUGCAAUAUGAUCACUCCACAUACACAUCAAAUUAUGGUCGCAGAAGUUGAUGGAAAUGUCAUCACCCAGGCAAUAUCUAGCCUCAAUCCUCCUCUUGACUGCUGAUCAGUAUGUGUCUGCUGUAUGAAACUGAGUGACAAAGAAGUAUACUAGUUAGCCACAGGAAGAAUUUCUUUCACUCUCCCAUAAUACCUGCCUAUCUAAGUAACCUUCCUACUCCCAUACUGUUCUUAGACAAAGACUGUAUAUAUACACAGGGUGGCAGGAAUGGAACUCCUCAACAAUG